UGUGUGUUUUCAGAGUAUAUAAUUAAAUAGACAUGUAUCAAGAUGAGUAUAGAAACAAAAACCUAUCCCUUUCGUAGAGGGAGAAGUCCUGCAAGAUACAAUGCAUCUCCAAUGACCAGACGUAAACUGAAAGCAAAAGAAGAAGAAGAUCAAGCUGAAUUCGAUUCCAUAGAAGUUGCUACAUAUAACGAUAAUCCAAAACAUUUGUAUGGAUUAGACAAAAUUGACACAGCUUUAGCUGAAAACCUGAAAUAUAUACCAUCUGCAAAGAAAAACUCCUGGAGUUUGGCAAAUGGCCAUUCGAUGAAUGACAAUGAAGAUCAUGAUAUUGCUCGUAGAAAAAGACAUGCUAUACAGUUUAUUAUUUAUCUUCUUCUGGUUGCUCUCAUCUGUGAGGUUGUGAUUUGGUUAGAUCGAAGUUUUUUAAACGUUGGUAAUUCAUCAUGCUCGACAUGUUCUGAGACUAACACAGACAACAUUUUACAAAUAAAGAGUUUACAAAAAUCUUUGAUGGAACAAUCCACACUUAUCACUAAUCUAAACAAACAAAUAAACACUUUGGGAAGAAACUGCUCCUGUAAAGAGCAGCUGAACUUGUUAGAAAAGGAGGAUUUAGAACAUAAAACAUCACUAGAGCAACUACAAAAACAGGUUUUGGCAACUGUUAAUGUCAUGCAGUCAAUCAACAAUAGAAUGGAUUAUAUUCAAAAUUUAACAGAUGAACAACGACUGAAUGACAAUGAACGUGAUAAAAAGGACCAAAGCAGCUUAUGCAGAGGGGAGGAAUGCAAGUUACUUUCUCAUAAUAUAUUUUCAAGCAUUCAAUCCUCACUUGAAGUUUACCAUGCCGACUUUCUUGGAAUACCUGAUUUUGCACUGGAAUCAGCAGGUGGUUCAAUACUCUCAUCUUACUAUUCUGACACAUGUGAAGUAGGUGCACCAAUAAUAAAAGUGUUUGGUAUGUCCUUAUGGAAAGACCCACGUUCACCACGAUCUAUUAUCAAUCCUGAAAACUUACCUGGCAACUGUUGGUCUAUGAAAGGGAGUCAUGGUUUUAUUGUUAUUAAGCUUGCUACGUCUAUCACCCCAACCUUGGUUACUCUUGAACAUUUGGAUAAAAGAUUAGAUCAGUACUCAAAAGAAUCUUUUGAAAGUGCCCCUAAAGAAUUCGAAGUUUAUGCAUGGCUAGAUGCUAAAGGGCACAAAAAACUUAAACUUGGUUCUUACACAUAUUUAAGAGAACGUAAUGCAGUACAGACUUUUAAAGUUCAGAAUGUAUCUACCAAACCAGUUGAUUUUAUUGAGUUACGAAUUCUCAGUAACCAUGGCAACAAAGAUUGUACAUGCAUCUAUCGUUUUCGUGUGCAUGGUCAAUCACAUUUAUGGCAAAAAUAUGAAAGUGCUGAGGAAGAAGUGGAAGAAAAAGAAGAAGAAGAUAGAAAAUAAAGAAUUUUCAAUUUCGUUUCAAAGGAAAAACCUUUUAAUUAAAUAAAUAAAUUAAUAGGAGUGUAAAUAAAAACUGAAAUUUGUUACUUAUUUUCUUAUUUAUUGUUGACAGUUGUUGGCAUGGCAACACCAUGUUUUUACCAUGAGUUAUAUUUUGUUACUGUUUUCUUAGUGUUUAAUUAAUCAAAAAAUAUAUUUUUAAGUAAUUAUUUUCAUAUAUUUAAUAGUUGAAACGGAACAUGUUGAUUAUUUAAAAACAAGAGGAAAAAAAAUAUUUAAUUUUUUGCAUAGGUAGGGGUUAUAUAUCUUAUUUAUUAUACAAUGUUUAUCAUGCUUCAAAGUUUACUCAGUUUAAAUACUAUGUGCGCUUCAUUGGCCUAAUACUUUUCAACAAUUUUUUUCUGACUGAAAAAACCUUAAAAAUAACUUAGGUGUACCAACAAAAGGUUUCUGCAAUUUUACAAAAAUACAAGAUUUUUACAAGCUUCAUUAUUUAUAACACCUUUUUGUGCAUUACCAUUUGUAAAAUUUUACACACAUGAAAAUUUCGCAUAGGCGGUUUCCUAUUAUCGUAUUAUUGCCCACAGCUUCUAGUGGUAAGAAUCUGAUCAUAUUUUUCUUCAGGCUGCAAACCUACAGCUUUCGAAUCUGAGACAAAUUUAGAAAUUUUCUUUAAUGUAAUAAUCUGAACGCUGGAAGCUACGGUUGUUAAUCAAUGCUUUAAUGCUAAGUAGCCUUGGUGAUUUUUACAUUUUUUUUCUUUCGUAUCUGGGUGAUUUUUUAUGCGCAUUAUAUCCUUACAAAUUUUGAUGUUGGGUAAAAGACUGAAUCUGUGAAUGUUUUUAAACAAUUUAUAAAUAUUUAAAAAUACUUGUUAUUGUAGUAUUUAAUGUUUCAAUAGUUUAUAUUUAUAGGAUAUUUAAAAAUAAAAAAAGUUGGAUUUUGGAAUGAAAUGUAGUUGUAUUUUUAAAUUGUUUUUGUAUUUUUUUUGUUUUAAAAGUUUUCAAUGUUAUUUUUGUUAUUUUUUUAAUAUUGUCAUUUCCCAUCAAUCUAUUUGUUUUAUUGCACUAUAAACGAUUAAUAUUUCUUUUAAACAUUUGUUAACUCAAGGUCCAUUGUCACAGAUUUUUCAUUUUACUGUAAAAGAAAAGAAAUACAGCGUUGGAAAGGAUACCUGGUUUUCAGAUUUUAAU